AUGGCAGCGAUGAUGCUUCCAAAGCGCUUUGCUGGUGUGCUGGCACAACUUGUAGCACGCCCAGUCGCUACCCCUCGGACGAAGCAUAUUAAAGCGGUGACGGACAAGAAGAAGAUGGUUGAACGCACAGCCUUUACAAAACUUAUUACCAUGUACUCGAGAAUGUAUGGAGACGAUAUUCAGUUUAACCCAGCACUUGCCAAUGCGAUUGCAGCUGCCAAUAAAGCCAGCAUCCCAAAGGCACUAAUAGAAGGUGCCAUCGCAAGUGGGCAGGGCAGAUCGGCUUCUGGGGCAAAGCUAGAGCCCAUGACCUUGGAGUUUCUUGUACCGCCUGAAAUUGCUCUGAUUGUCGAUAUCGAAACGGACAACAAGCAGCGCACGCUCCAGGAUCUGAAGCUCGCCGUGAAAAAAGCCGGAGGAAUCACAGGCUCGACAGCAUUCAACUUUGCGCGCCGCGGCCGUGCCGUGUUCAAGCCCAAGGAUGGCGGCGCUGCGCUCUCUGAUCUCCUAGACGAGGCAAUCGAGCACGAUGGCGCGCAGGAUGUAGAAGGAAACGCCGAGGGCGGAUACGUGCUGUGGACGGAGCCGUCGGUGCUCAUGGCCAUCACCAAGGCCUUUGCCUCCAAAUUUGACCUCGAGCUAUCCGCGGCCGACAUUGUCUGGGCGCCGAACGCGGACACAAUGGAACACUCGGAAGUCAAGGCCAUAUUCACAAACACCAAGCAAGGACGCGCCACAGAAGCUGCGUGGGAGGCCGUAGAAAGGCAUCUUGAUGUUUGA